AAUGUAUCUCUGACGCUCAGUCUUUUUAUGUGUUUCAAAAUGGCAGAAGCCAUGGACUCGGUCAGUUGUUCGAUCUGUUUGGAGAUACUAAAAGAUCCAGUGACUAUUCCCUGUGGACACAGCUACUGUAUUGGCUGUAUUAAAGGCUACUGGGAUCAGGAAGAUCGGAAGCUUGUCUGCAGCUGUCCCCAGUGCAGACAGACCUUCAACCCAAGGCCUUUUCUGAACAGAAACACAGUUAUGGCUGAAAUGGUGAAGACACUGACAGAAAAAAAUACUAAAAAGAAGAAGAAGAAGAAGACAAAACUCCAAACUGCUCCUCCUGCUCACUGUUAUGCUGGACCUGGAGAUGUUGAUUGUGACGUCUGCACUGGGACAAAAUUAAAAGCUGUCAAGUUCUGUCUGGUGUGUCUGGCCUCUUACUGUGAGACACACCUCCAGCCUCACUAUGAAUCUCCUGCCUUUAAGAAGCACAAGAUGGUCAAGGCCUCCACACAACUCCAGGAGAAGAUCUGCUCUCAUCAUGACAAACUACUGGAGGUUUACUGCCGGACAGAUCAGCAAUGUAUCUGUCAUCUGUGUAUGUUGGAUCAACAUAAAGGCCAUGAUACAGUCUCUGCUGCAGCCGAAAUAGCUGAAAAACAAAGGCAGUUGGGGGAGAAAUCUAAGCAGAGAAUCAAGGAGAGAGAGAAGGAGAUGCUGGAGGUGAGACAGGCUGUGAAGUCAUUCAAGCACUCUACACAGGCAGCAGUUGAGAGUAGUGAGAAGAUCUUUAAUGAACUGAUCCGCUCCAUUGAGGGAAGGCGCACUGAGGUGAAGGAGCUUAUCAGAGCCCAGGAGAAGGCUAAUGUGAGUCGGGCUGAAGGACUCCUGAAGCAGCUGGAGCAGGAGGUGGCUGAGCUGAAGAGGAGAGAGGCUGAGCUGGAGCAGCUUUCACACACAGAGGAUCACAUCCAUUUCCUCCAGGUGACGUCACUGUCCAUUGCAGCAGAGCUUCCAGUCUCUCUGUGUCCCUCCUGGGUCUGAGACCUUACCCAGCAUCACUAUCAACCAUCACGUCUCCUUUGAGGAUGUUAUGAACUCUGUCUCUGAGCUGAGAAACCGACUUCAAGAUAUCUGCGCUGGAGAGAUAAUUAUGUUGUCUGUACAAA